GAACCUGCAUCCAUGUCCACGGUUACGAUGGCCGUGGUGGCCGGCGAGACGCCGCAGUCACGCGGCGUAUAUGCCGCUCGUUUGCUGGUACUCGGCCCAGCCACUACCUGGUUGCUUGGCGUCCUCGUUGCCUUACCCUUCCAAACGAGCUCCAUCGUCUCCACUCUCCACAGCCCAGCCUCCACCUACCGCAGCACCAGGUGCUCUCGUCGCGCGGCGGCGGAGAGGAUGUCAUCGGCGCCGGCGCCGGUGUUCGAGAGGCUGGCCGGGAUCCGGCCCCUCGCCGAGUCCGGCCGUUUCAAGGCAUGGUUCCUGGACCAGUUCGGCGUUCUUCAUGACGGGAAGAAACCCUACCCCGGCGCCAUUUUGGCAUUGGAGAAGCUCGCUGGGAAUGGCGCCAAGAUGGUGAUAAUCAGCAAUUCCUCGAGGCGGUCGUCUGUAACCAUGGAGAAGCUGCAGAGCCUUGGGUUUGACACGUCUUGUUUCCUCGGGGCGAUCACCAGCGGGGAACUCACCCAGCAGUACCUUCACAAGAGGGAUGACCCAUGGUUUGCAUCUCUGGGAAGGAAGUGUAUCCAUCUGACAUGGGGCAAUCGAGGUGCAAUUUCUCUGGAGGGACUUGGUUUGCAAGUUGUGAACAAUGUUGACGAUGCAGAGUUUAUACUAGCCCAUGGUACUGAAGCCCUGGGUUUACCUUCUGGUGAUCCACUUUCGAAAAGUCUUGAGGAGCUUGAGCAGAUUCUAGUGCUUGGUAUACAAAAGCGACUUCCAAUGGUGGUAGCUAAUCCAGAUUAUGUCACUGUUGAAGCUCGAAACCUGCGUGUCAUGCCUGGCACUCUGGCAGCAAAAUACGAGUGUCUUGGUGGUGAAGUAAAAUGGAUGGGGAAACCUGAUAAGGUUAUAUAUACAUCAGCAAUGUCCCUAGCAGGUGUUGAAGCACACGAAUGUAUCACCGUAGGUGAUUCGCUGCACCACGACAUCAAAGGCGCAAGUGGAGCCGGAAUGACAUCUGCAUUCAUCACUGGAGGGAUCCAUGCGGCUGAACUGGGACUCGGUGAAUUUGGAGAAACUGCUGGAGAUGAUGCCGUCAGUGCGUUGUGUUGCAAGCAUAGCUCAUACCCAUCUUACGUUUUGCCUUCAUUUGCAUGGUAGAAAACACGGUUUAGAUUCGGGCACACCGUUUAAACAGGAUUGCGGUCUAGGAUGAUGAUGCGUUUUUCAAUUGUCAAGUGAGCAUCAAGGCCGUGGAGGUGUUUCAGUGCCGCGCUAAAUUAUUAGCAUUAUGCAUUUUCCGGCAAUAAAAUAUCUGUUGAUUUGAUUGA